GAAAAAAUAGCAGCCAUAAAAGAAUUAAUUCGACCAUCACAUCAACUAUGUGUGAAUUCAGUCACCACCAAACCAAACAAACCACCCUCUCAUGGCUUCUCUGUUUCUGCUAACUGAUUUCUCAGUCUUAAAAAAAAGCAUCAAAUGUUUUCUUUAACUAUCUUUCUUAUCUCAUAGUUCUGUAUCCAAUUCUAUUAUAAUAAAACCAAACCUGUCAGAUAGCUUUUCAUUCCAAGAAAAGCCACCAACUUUUCAAAAUCAGUUAUGGGAAUUUUUGAUCUAGAGAAGCAUUUUGCAUUCUAUGGAGCAUAUCACAGCAACCCAAUUAAUGUUUUGAUCCAUAUCAUCUUUGUUUGGCCAAUCUUUUUCACUGCUCUUCUCAUUCUUUACUUUACACCUCCUUUAUUUCAACUAAAAGUCUCUGUUUUUGGUCAUAGUGAUGUUUUAAUUCUGCUUUUCAAUUCUGGGUUCUUCUUUGCUUUGAUCUAUGGUUUGUUUUAUGUGUUUCUUGAUGUCAAAGCCGGUUCCUUGGCCGCUCUGCUGUGUGUUUUUUGUUGGGUGGCUAGUUCUGCUUUAGCAAGGUGCCUUGGCUUUUCUCUUGCUUGGAAGGUUGUUCUGGUAGCUCAAAUUGUUUGUUGGACAGGACAAUUCAUUGGCCAUGGGGUAUUUGAGAAACGAGCACCAGCUCUUCUAGACAAUCUUGCUCAAGCAUUUAUAAUGGCUCCCUUCUUUGUGCUGCUGGAGGCUCUUCAAACCUUCUGCGGUUAUGAGCCAUACCCUGGGUUUCAUGCAAAUGUUCAAGCGAAGAUUGAAGCUGAAAUAAAUGAAAGACAAGAAAAGAAGAAGUUGCUUGUUUAAAAUGUAAACUGGAUUCUGUAUUGAUUGAUCUGCAUGUUCCUGUUACUGAAACAAACCAAACUAUAUUGUGCCAAUAGUUUCCGUUUGUCAUUACAGAAAAUAAACAUUAAUGAUAUAAAUAUACACAGUAAACCUCUUAGAGAUCAAUGAAAGAUUCUCUGCAUUCUGGAACAA